AUGGCUGCCGUGUCCGCUGCCACUGCUCGUGUCGCCAUGGCUGCUGCUCCCGUGCAAUCGGCAGUGCUUGCAUCGUCUUAUUCUUCUCGAUCAAGCUUUGCGGCAUGCCCUGUUUCGAGGCCGAGCCGUGCUGCUGGAGCAAAGCGCCUACCAGCAGGAAUCAGGUGCCAUGGUGAGGAGAGCGAGGCGGCUGUCGAUGGUCGCGCUUUCCGCCGAGCGUUGAAUAAGAGCGACAACUACAAUCGCAGCGGGUUCGGGUACAAGAAGGAGAUGCUGGAGCGGAUGGAGCAGGAAUACACGAGCGACGUGGUGAAGACUCUGCGCGAGAACAACAACGAGUACACGUGGGGCGACGUCACUGUCAUGCUCGCCGAGUCGCUCGGCUUCUGCUGGGGCGUGGAGCGCGCCGUGCAGAUGGCGUACGAGGCGCGCAAGCAGUUCCCCGACCAGAAGAUCUGGGUGACCAAUGAGAUCAUCCACAACCCCACCGUCAACGACAAAAUGGAGAGCAUGGGGAUGAGUUUCAUCGAGACGCGCGGGGACGGCAGCAAGGACUUCAGCGUGGUGGGCGACGACAACGUGGUGGUGCUGCCGGCGUUCGGCGCGUCGCUGCAGGAGGUGACCAUGUUCCACGACCGCAACGUGCAGAUGGUCGAUACCACCUGCCCCUGGGUCUCCAAGGUGUGGGACACGGUGGACAAGCACAAGCGCGGGCAGUUCACGUCCGUGAUUCACGGCAAGUACGCGCACGAGGAGACGGUCGCCACCGCCUCGUACGCCGGCACCUACAUCGUCGUCAAGGACAUGAAGGAGGCGCACUACGUGUGCGACUACAUCCUGGGCGGCAAGCUGGACGGCUCCAGCGGAACUCGGGAAGAGUUCCUCCAGAAGUUUGCCAAGGCGGUGUCAAAGGGAUUCGACCCGGACACAGACCUGGAGCGCCUGGGCAUUGCGAACCAGACCACCAUGCUCAAGGGCGAGACUGAGAUGAUCGGCAAGCUGUUGGAGCGCACGAUGAUGAGCAAGUUCGGUGCCAGCAACGUGAACUCGCACUUCAUGAGCUUCAACACCAUCUGUGACGCCACUCAGGAGAGGCAGGACGCGAUGUACGCGCUGGUGGAGAGGCCCAUGGACCUGAUGAUCGUGGUGGGCGGGCUCAACAGCAGCAACACGUCGCACCUGCAGGAGAUCGCCGAGCACAAGGGCAUCCCCUCCUACUGGGUCGACGAGCCCACGCGCAUCGGCCCUGGUAACCGCGUAACGCACAAGCUGUACUAUGGCGAGCCGAGCUCAAGGAGACGGAGGGCUUCCUGCCGCCCGGCCCCAUCCGCAUCGGCGUCACUUCGGGGGCCUCCACCCCGACAAGGUGAGGCACUCGCUCUCACAAGGUGA